GAAACGUGAAACCCUACGACAGACAGAAGAUCCAGAAAUGCAGCAAAAUAUGGAACAAAAAUUGAAAGAAAUAAAGAUAAACACACAAGCACUUGAAGCCAUAGCCUCAACUAGUAAUGCUCGCAACACCCCACCCUAUGAUUUGGAAGCCACUGCAGCACACAAGGCAUAUCCACUUGACAAGAUUAUCCUCAAAGGGGAAUGGGAUUACCUUGUUGAUAUUCUUGAGCUUGCACAUGCAGGAUCACAGUUCACACCUGAUCUUUACCCCACUUUUGUUUGCAAUAGGGUUCAUCAAUUGGAAACUAUCAAGGAUGAGUCGAAGAAACGAAAGAUGGCGGGCAUAUUAUCGUACAUGACUCAUCUCAUCAGGUUCAAGGAUAGACACACCAUGGACGGCGUAUCGUCCACAUCAAAGCGCCACAAACUGCCCACUAUCCUAUCACACAGGUUUUCGUCUAUGUUUGACAUCACCAACAACAACAGAAUUCCAGAUGAGAAACAGAAGCUGCUCAUAAGCUAUGUACUGGUACUUUCGCUGUUUGUGGAUGGUUUUCGGUCCGACCCGUCGGACCUAGCCAAGGAUCUCCGUAUCAACCCUUUAACUUUGCGCUCUCAUUAUGAGUACUUAGGUUGCAAGUUUGUGCGCGAGAAUCACAUUCUACUGGCAACUCUUCCUGUCCCACUCGAAUUUCAAACAAUUAAAAGGAAGAGAAGAAGGUAGCUAGCUAG